GUGGAUCUGUUUGCGACUCACGCCAAUCGGCAGACCAUUCGAUUUGUCUCCAGGUUUUACGAUCCAAGAGCAGAGGCGACGGACGCACUGCACUGCAGGUGGCCCUCGGGUCUCCUCUACGCUUUCCCUCCCCUCCCUCUUCUUCCCAAAGUACUCAGGAAGCUCUUGGAGGAGGAAGCCGAACUGAUCCUGAUCGCGCCCCACUGGCCUCGCCGCCCGUGGUUCGCCGACCUCCAGAUGCUGUCCACCCGUCCACCGUGGCGUCUCCCUCCGGAGCAGGUCAUCCUCCGUCAGGGUCCUCUUCUACACCCGGACGUUCACUGGCUUCACUUGACCGCCUGGAGGUUGAGCGGCGCCUCCUGAGGGCAUCGCACUUGCCAGACCAACUCAUCAGUACCAUUCUAGCCGCACGCCGGCCGGCAACGAGGCGCAUCUAUGGAGCCACUUGGCGGACAUUCGCACUCUGGUGCUCGAGGAGGAACCAGGAUCCAGGUUUGGCGUCUACAAAACAGGUAUUGCUUUUUCUUCAGGAGGGGUUGGAUGCUGGGUUGGCCCCUAAUACUCUGAGGAGACAGGUGGCCGCCCUUUCUUCCAUUUUAUGCUUUGGCGCCCGGAACUCAUUGGCGGACCGCCCCCUUAUCCGCUUAUUUCUCCGGGGCGCUACCAACCUCCGCCCGCCUCCCAUUCAUCGAUAUCCGUCCUGGGAUCUGCCCAAGGUCCUCUCAGCCCUCACACAAGGUCCAUUCGAGCCCCUUAGGACAGUGCCCUUACGCUUCCUCUCGUACAAGGUGUCCUUUUUAGUUGCCAUCACCUCCGCCAGGCGGAUUUCAGAGUUGGCCGCUCUAUCAGCCCGGGCUGAUCUCUGUAUAUUCCACUCCGACCGGGUGGUACUCCGCCUGGACCCCACAUUUCUCCCUAAAGUAAACACCCUCUUCCAUCGGACUCAGGAGCUAAUCCUGCCCGAUUUUUGCCCUAACCCUUCCCACCAUCGGGAACGUUCCUGGCAUUCCCUGGAUGUCCGUAGGGCCCUUCGUAUUUACCUCCGACGAACUUCUUCUUUCCGUCGGUCGGAAGGGCUCUUCGUUUCCUUCCAACCGGCUACCCUGGGGCUUAAGGUUUCUUCACAAACGGUGGGUCGCUGGAUAAGGGCUACAAUUACGACGGCUUAUGGGGCUCAAGCCUUGCCAGUUCCUCGCCGCCUGACGGCCCACUCUACCAGGAGUGCGGCUACCUCGGCGGCCUGGGCUACCCAGGCCCCUCUUCUAGAGGUCUGUCGGGCCGCCACUUGGACGUCUCCGACCCCUUUCAUCCGCCACUAUAAAAUCGACAGCUUCGCUUCGGCGGAGGCGGCAUUCGGUCGUCGAGUUCUCCAACAAGUAUGUGCGGGGGAUGGCUCCACGUCCCGGGCGGGUCCCUCCCUAUGAGUGGUGGACUUUGGCAUGUCCCUCGCAUAACCACUGGCCUCUCCCUCGCUUAGAAGGGGCGUUGUCUUACCUGAACGCCCUUUCUGAGAGUGGAGAGGCCAGUGGUUAUCCCCACCCUUUCCGCCGGGCCGUUUCGCUGGGGGUUAUCCUUCCUUUCUUUCAUUUCAGUUCAGUGAGAGCGUCUUCCGUCUGUCCACAUCUCGUCCGAAAGCUGGGAGUCAGCAAAAGGAGGAGGACUUUUCAACUGACAGACUCGAUCUGAUUGGAUCGCAGUGGUAUUACCCUCGCAUAACCACUGGCCUCUCCACUCUCAGAAAGGGCGUUCAGAAAGCCAACUCUUGCCUUGGAAUAAUUUCACAAAUGAAUGUAAUAUUCCUGGAAACUUCAUGUGCAGUAAUGGACGCUGUAUCCCAGGAGCCUGGCAAUGUGAUGGACUGCCGGACUGCUUUGAUGAAAGUGAUGAGAAGGAAUGCCCAAAAGCAAAAUCUAAAUGUGGGUCCACCUUCUUCCCAUGUUCCAGUGGAAUUCAUUGUAUCAUUGGCCGUUUCCGAUGCAAUGGUUUUGAGGAUUGUCCUGAUGGCAGUGAUGAAGAAAAUUGUACAGCAAAUCCUUUGCUGUGUUCUACUGACCGAUUUCACUGUAGGAACGGCCUGUGCAUUGAUAAAAGCUUUAUGUGCGACAAUCAAAAUAACUGCCAGGACAACAGCGAUGAAGAAAGCUGUGGAAACUCUCAUGAAACUGACAGCAAUCAGAAUUACGUAACAACAGAGCCUCAGCUGAUCUUCUAUCCCAGCGUUACCUAUGCAAUCAUUGGCAGCUCUGCUAUUUUUGUGUUGGUGGUGGCCCUCCUGGCCCUAAUUUUGCACCAUCAGCGAAAACGCAACAACCUCAUGACACUUCCCGUACAUCGACUGCAGCAUCCUGUCCUCCUGUCUCGUCUCGUCGUCCUUGAUCAUCCACAUCAGUGCAAUGUCACCUAUAAUGUUAACAAUGGGGUCCAGUAUAUGUCUACCCAGGGCUAUCAUAGACCUCCAGAUUUAGAUUCACCACCAUCUUAUUCAGAAGCUGUGCUAGAUCAAAGCAGACCCCCGUGGUUUGAUCUUCCUCCGCCUCCAUAUUCCUCAGAAACAGGAUCCCGGAAUCAUUUAGAUCUUCCUCCAUAUCGUUCUCGAACUGGAAGUGUGGUAAGCACAGAUGCUUCAGAGGCAAGAGGUCCAGAGACUUUGGACAGCAGUCCAUCAAGAAACCUUUUUACCAGCAUGGAGCAUCACAGUACGCUGCGUGAAAUUACAGCCGAGCAAAGUGACUCUCUGAUCAAUUCAGUUCCUGUCUGAAAACUGUAAACAAUUAUUUAUGCACAUUUUUAUGGAUGUCUGCUUGAACUUGUACUGAAAUUAAGAAGUCCCAAAUCAUUUGGCCUUUUUCUACUUGAUGAUCGCAAGUGUUUCUGUGGAAGGAACAAGAGCUAUGUGCAUUGCCAUAAAACAACUUCCCUCAAUCAUUUCAAGGGAGAAUGAGCAAGAAAAGGUGCCAGUGGCCUCAGUCGUGCUAGAUUUAACUACUGAAUUAUGAAGGUUGAAGCAAUUGAGAACAGUUCAUUUUCAUUUCCUCUCUGUUUUAACAUGCUGUUAAAGCGUAUCAGGAAUUUACUAGAAUUCAUGUACUGAAAUCAAACAUAUAUACAUACACAUGUGUCUCAAGUCAUGCCUGUGUUUCAAAUGAUCUUUAUUGCUUUUUUAAAAUUUCUUAUUUAUGAUUGUAAGAAUGUAUAUAAAAAUAAUAGUAAAUGAGACUUGCAUUAAUGCAAGUAUUGAACUGUAUUGCUGAUGGCAUCUGGAAGUCCAUUUCUUUCAAUAGAAAAAUAAAAUUCUGAAGGGUCAUUGGAAAUAUCAUCUGUACGGUUUAAACUAUGUUGUGUUUAAAUCACAAGCUCUGCUAUGGAGUAAACUAUUAUUACUUCAGUAAGAAAAAUUAAUAUAAUUUUUGAUGGAUAGGGUAAAAAGGAUUUUAAGCCACCUAAGCAGUAAUGGGAUUUGAUUUGACAACUAUUGACUAAGAGACAGAUCUUAGAGUCAUGGUGGGUAGUUCAGUGAAGAUACCAACUCGGUAUGCAGCUGCUGUUACAAAAGAAAAUUAAAUGAAAAGGAAUUCCGUCUUUGGAAUCAUUAAAAAGGGAAUUGAAAUAGAAUUGCGGAUAUCCUAAUGUCCUUAUAUACUGUAUAUCCAUGUUGUGAUUACACCUGGAAUAUUGUUUGUGGUUCUUCUCAUUCAACGUAUUAAAAUGAUACAAAGCUAUAAAAGGCACAAAAAGGACAAUUGAAAUGAUUUGGGGACUGGAAUUGCUUCCCAGCAAGAAGAAACUAUAGCUUGAAAUGAAGGAGGGUAAAGGAAACAGCAUAGAAAUCUACAAAAUCACAUUCACAAUAUAGGUAAGUGAUUGGAGAGAGGUUUUCUCCCUUUCUUCAUGUUAGAACUUGAGAUUAUUCAUUGACACAAAAUGUAGGCCAAUUUAGGAUCAUCAGAAUGAAUUACUCUUUUAUACAGCAGGUAUUUGAUCUAUGGAAUUUGCUGCCAACAGUGAGUAACAGCAGCAAUUUUGAUGGCUUUAAAGAGGACAGGACAGGUUCAUGGAAGAUCAGGCCACCAAGGUCUACCCUUAUUUAUGGCCAUUUGCUUUCUCCCUGAAUCAUAGUCAGUGUGCCUUAUAUACUGGAAGCUAUCUCCUUCCAGUCCAGAUUUGAGAUUCCCAAAUCGUUCUGUUCUGUUGUCUCAUAUCCAUAAUAUGAGAUAACAUAACCCUACAGCCGGCUUGAACAAGGCUCUUGUAGUCAUCUGUCUAUCACACUGUGCCUGAUUUCAGCUUUCUUCCUCAUAGUGAAGAAUCAAAAAAGUCUACCUUGUAUUCUUUUGUAAUUGGUAUGUGUAUCUUAGGGGUUGUGUGAACCAGAUUUUAGCAUUUUAUCUUGCAUAAGUAUAAUAUAACAAUUUGGUGGAUUAUUUGGAUACCUAUUUUGACAGAUAUCUCUCUCUCUCUCAUUCUCUCUCUCUCUCUCUCUCUCUCUCUCUCACACACACACACACACACACACACACGAAGGAGCUUUAGACAGUUUACGUGUCAAAAUGCAGUUUUCUGGUUGUCUGGAAAAUAUAUUUAGUCUGGGCAUGCUUUGAGUUUCUCAUUGUAAAACAGAAGAUUACAAAUGUUCCAUUUCCUCUCUCUGCGUGUAUGUACCUUUGAGAGAGAUUCUGAGUGCCUUGGAAUUCAUAUAUCAGUUUGCAGAACUUAUUAGACUUAUUGGGGAAUAUCUUUCAUACUAUGAGACUGAAACUUUUUAUAAAAAAUAGUGCCAGUAGUAGUAGUAUUUCCUUGUUCAUAGGACUGAUUCAUAGGACUGAUUCAUUCCUUACAUAGCAUGCUUCUUUGCUAUAUAUACUCCAUUAUUUACGUUGUAAGUAUGAGGUGGAGGUAGAUAUGACACUUCUUCCUAUAUAUUUACAAACCUGCACCUCCCCUACAUACGAUAUGCUUUAUCUUUAAUGUUGGUGCAUUUUGAAAUGGUGUGAAUCAGCUUUUAGAAUUAUUAGUGUUUGAGCGCUAUUUGUAUAACUCUAAAAUUGUGAAAUAAGAAUCCAAUGGUUUGAAAAGCAUGACAGCAAGAUGAUUUCUGUUUCUUUGUUUGUUUUUACCCAAACAUAAGUGUAGGACUCGUACAGCCAUUAUUGGGAAGAUUGAAUGGGCAUUUUAACUCAUUGUCCACUUCUUUGUGUCCAAUCCAGCUCAGGAGCCUGAUUUGUUAAUUCAUCAAUGCACAUUUCAAGCCCAAACCUUCCUAUCUAAACUGACAUUGAAUUAGCAACAAACAUUACAGGUCUUUCUUUCUUUCUUUCUUUUGAGGGAGUUUUAUUUGGACUGAGGUACAUAGUGGGGGUUUUUUUUAGUAAAAGGCAUAGCAGUUACUUAUAUAUUUAAAGUAAUGUUUUGGGUGACCCUGAGGUACUGUUUUAUUACAUUGUGUUCAUUCAAAUCAUUGUCCUUUCUACAAUACAAUACUAUGCCUUUAAGUUGUAUACAGUAUAUGUAUAUUUCUAUUGAAAUACUUGGAUUUGGGCUCUUAAAAUAAAUCCCUUUUUCUAUCUGUA